CAUGUUCAUAUGAGGUGUGCGAGGGCAUAUUAUUUGAAAUAUAGGUUACGUUCUUGAAGAAACCUUAUAGAAUAUCAUCCUACUUUACUGAGCCAACGGUUUCAACCUGCUGACCCUGUUACAGUAAAUACGAGUGUUAGUGAAGCGCUGAGCAUCAGUCUUUCUCUAAAACAAGCCUGUAAAAGUGGAUCAUCAAAGCUUUAUAUGACACUGAAUUCAAUCGUAAUUUUUCCAUGAAAACAAAAUGUCAUCAGCAACCACACCGUCCCCAAAAACCAACAUUUUCGAAUAAAAAAGUUUUAAAAUAAAUUUGUUGGCUUAUAAAGGUAUUAAACGAGGCUAGGAAUGGUAUUAUAUUUUUUCCUCGAGAGAACAAAAAGAGAACCAGUUGGAACCUGCAUACAUAGCAAAAAAGUGAAAAACAAGAGACUACAUUUUAAUACGAUAUUUUAUAGUAUUUUUAAAAAGCAUAUAAAGACCCGUAACACAGAAGUUUAUGUUUUGUUUUGUCUAAAAUAGACCAAGUGGGUGGUACCUUCUGGAGUUCGAGUAAGCUCCGCCACGUGACAUGGAGAUGACCAAUCAGGUGCAUCUCCAGGUUUAACUACGUUAAAUGUCAGAUUGCAAUAAACUAGAAGCUGUUGGUCAGGCCCGCGGAAAUGGGCGAGCAUAAUCUCCUUAAUCCUGGGUUUGUGGGACCUUUGGUAAACAUCCACACUGGAGAUACGUUUUACUUCCCGAAUUUUAGAUCCUCAGGAGGACAACUGGCGGGGCUACCGUCUCUCUCAUACCCAAGAAGGGACAACGUGUGCUCCCUCCCGUGGAAUCCAUCGGAGUCGUGCAAUGGAUAUCCUCAGUCCUACUUUGGUAGCCCUCUAUCCAUUAAUCCAUCUUUCAACCGAUCUUGUGCUGAAACACCCCGACCAGAGGAGAAAUGUUAUUAUGGCGGCAGCGGCGGCAACAGAGAGGCUUGUUCGGACGGCACAGUCAGCCUAAAACGAGAAGAGAGAACAAGGGAGACAUCAGUAUCAUCAGAUCACGGGGUGCACAAUGGGAUGGGCAACAGUACUACCUUCACCAAGUAUGACUAUGGCACCGAACAUCUGACCCCAAACCCGCCGUCCUGUCAGUCUCUCGAAUCCGAUUCCAGCUCCUCGGUGCUCAACGAUGGAGGAAAAAGCUCGGCAAGCGAUACACAAACCCUGAUAUCGCCUGCAAAUCACACGAGCAAUAUCUCAACAGGAGGAGGUGCCCCGUGGUAUCCGAUGCACACCCGAACUCGCAAGAAACGAAAGCCCUAUUCUAAACUACAGCUGGCCGAGUUGGAGGGCGAGUUCAUGCUAAACGAAUUCAUCACGCGGCAACGGCGGAGGGAGUUGUCAGACCGGCUCAACCUCAGUGACCAACAGGUUAAGAUCUGGUUUCAGAAUCGGAGAAUGAAGAAAAAGAGACUGUUGCUGAGAGAACAGGCCUUAACCUUCUUUUAAGUCGCUUAUAAUUAGCACCACACCAAUCAUUCACUGUGGGAAAUAUUGAAACAGUUCAGCAUAAUUCUCAAUAUUUUUCUUAAAAAAGGUUUAAUAUUUAUGCAUUUUUCGUAAUAGGAAAAUGCACAAGAAAGCAGAAAUUAUUUCAGGGAAGCGACCAAACCUUAGCAGGCAAAAGUUAUGUUGAUUUCACACUUUGUAUUGUAAUAUAUGUAUUAAAGUGAAUGCAGUGUUUCUGGUGGUGUCUAGAGAAAAUCUAUACUAUACGCGUCAUUUGAAAGAGACGUGUCCUUGGCCACUUUCCCUCUCCACUUCGAACUGCAAUAUAAUGCAAGUUAUUAAGAUAUAUAUACUCAAAGUUAAGCUGUGAUAUGUUCAAUCAAAGCGACAGUAUAUGCCUGUAUUUAACUGGCAAUUAAACAUGCUUUGUGAGAUGUACUGUCAAUAGUAUCAGCUAUUUAUUACUUCGUAAAUUUACAAAGAAGUCAGCAGGAUCUAUUUGCUUCAUGGAAACACAUAAUUAGCGAGGUUUAAAUGAACAACGCCAAAGAUUGUUGCUCUUAAUAGACAUCGCACUGCAUAAAGGUAUUUUAUAUAUCCACGAAUCGUACUACUUCAGUCGGCGUAAUCUUUAAUGCUGAUCUUCGCAAUCAAGAAAAAGAAGUCUAAAAACAGCGUGGAGAAUAAAAUCAUGAAAACCAUAUCUAUCGCCACGUGUUCUCAGGCACGUUCACGGUCAUGGGCACAAAGUCAGUCAUCUAGCUGUUCAGCAGACCUGAAAGACUUCAAAACCAUACCGCAGCUGGAAUAAAUUCUGUCAGGUGAUCGAUGCCAUGUUGUCUCUCUCUCAGCCUCACUGCUUUUAGAUACGACCUGCCAUCAGACUUUGGCAAGGCUGGUAUAAGACUGUGUUGGUAUAAGACUGGUAUUAGUGGGUUGGUAUGCCUGUGUAUUUCGUAACACCGUGUUGUUACUGCUAAAUUACUCCUUCUGAUACUGUUUUUAGAAUCCUUGUAACAAGUAAAGGCCGUGCCACAACCUUAGCACGGAGAAUAAUUUAUUCCAUAAUUGCAUGUCCCUUGAUUAAAGUUUAGAAAUAAGUCGGCCAACUUAAUUAAGUCUCUAAAAUGCUUUUGGGAGGGAAAUGCAUGAAUUACUGUCGGUUACUAUAGUCUACCUUGGUGAAAGGUAAAGGUAAAGUACCUGAUGUCUUAAGAACAUGUGACACGAUACUAAAACAUAUCCGCAACUCCCUAUAAGCGAAGACAUCCUUUUAUCAGAAGACAAUAUUUAAUGUCAAGUUUUCUUGAUAUUACACAAUGUAUGUAUUGCAUGUUAUUUAUGCUUAGUUAGCGCCUCUUACGUUUCAGUGUUGAGCAUGCAUUAUUUUUAAAGACACUUUAUAAAAAGAGCAAAGAAAUGUCUUAAUCCUGUGGAAAAAAGAAGUGGUUUCGAAUCUUACAUGCUUUAAAGUUAUGUAUUAUUAUUAUUAUUAUUAUUAUUAUUAUUAUUAUUAUUAUUAUUAUUAUUAUUAUUAGUAGUAGUAGUAGUAGUAGUAGUAGCAGUAGUAAUAGUAUUAUUCAUGACGAGGACGACAACAAAAACAACAACGAUAAUAAUAAUAAUAAUAAUAAUAAUAAUAAUAAUAAUAAUAAUAAUAAUAAUAAUAAUAAUAAAUAAGCCACUUCUUCAUCGGUGCUACCUUUUCCUUUUUUCCAAUUUUUUUCAAGUUCUCCUAGAUUAUUUCUGCAUCAAAGUUUUCUUUUGUGAAUCUGUGGAAAUCGUGUCAUCACAUAUUAAACGCUACUUUACAUUCUCCCAUUUUUUUAUUUGUAUGUCGCAUUCCUCUUGAGAUCUAAAACUGUCCUGUAUAUAACGUUGCGAAUUCUUGAAUGUAUUGUAUGUAUGUGUAAUUCAAAGUUUCUGGUAAAUAAAGUCUAUAAA